CGUAUGAUUCUGCUGGCUCUCUCAUCAUGUUCAAUUGAUUGCGUUGCAAAAUGCUCUCUGUGGCUUCGCCGCCAGUUGCCGGCGGGUCCCUUCAUAUCAACAGGAAAAGGUCAGGACCCCAGCCGCCAGUGUGGGCGAGCUUGCAGGAGAUCGAGAGACUGAGGAUCGAUAAGGACGUGAGACAGAAACCUCGACGAAUGGUGCCAGAGAUUCCGGCAAUUCGAGUGGCCAAAAGGGUGGUUCUUGUGAGGCACGGGCAAAGCACUUGGAACGAGGAGGGACGGAUUCAGGGAAGCUCUGAUUUCGCUGUUCUGACGCCCAAGGGUGAGUCCCAGGCUGAGACUUCUCGUCAGAUGCUCCUCGGAGACUCGUUUGAUGUUUGCUUCACCAGCUUUGUUAUUGAUGAAAAAUGGGCUUUUGAAUGCUUUGCCAGUCCCCUUGCACGGUCGAAGAGAACGGCAGAGAUCAUUUGGGGCUCUCGGAUGGAGGAGAUGAUUCCGGAGCAUGAUCUUCGGGAGAUUGAUCUUUACUCUUUCCAAGGCCUUCUAAAGCACGAGGGGAAGGCAAAGUUUGGUGAUGCCUAUCGCCAAUGGCAGAUUAAUGCUGCUAACUUCACCAUUGAUGGCCAUUAUCCUGUGAGAGAGUUAUGGGACCGUGCAAAGAGCUGCUGGAACAAAAUUUUAGCACAUGAAGGCAAUUCAGUUCUUGUUGUUGCUCACAAUGCAGUUAACCAAGCUCUUGUUGCUGCUGCCAUAGGAUUGGGCACCGAGUACUUCAGGAUUCUGCUUCAAAGUAAUUGUGGAGUUAGUGUUGUAGACUUCAACCCACAACCAAGAGGCAACCCUCAUGUUUCUCUCAAUCGUUUAAAUCAGACUCCAAAUCCCCCUAUUGCCGCUGGAGGUUCUGGAGGAAGAAAAACCAGUAAACGUAUUGUUUUGGUUUGCCAUGGAGCCACACAGAGCAACAAUGAGGUUACUUUUCCAAAUAUGGGAUAUGAACCCAUGAACAUGCUUGGCGUCAUACAGUCUCAGAAAACUGCUGAGUUACUUCUUGACAUGAAGAUAGCUUGUAUACUCACCAGUUCACAAAUUGCUUCAGUAGACACAGCCGUGGCCAUAUCUGAGGUCCAAGAAGCAGCUGAUUGCUUAGGCGCCGACUGCAUUCCUCGUUAUGUAGAGAUGAAGAAAUUGCAAGACCUCGAAGUCGAACCAACUCUGCAGCAACCAUGCACACCAGAUUCUUGGGAUAGUCUCAAUAAAGCUACCGUUACAAAGUUGUGGAAUCAAUCAAAGAAAGCUUGGGGAGCCCUGCUGGAGGAAUUAUGUGCUGAUUCAGAACCUGAAAGAAAUGUAGUGGCUGUCGGUAACUCAACACUUCAUGUUGCACUUAUAUGCCAUUGUUUGAAUUUAACUACAGAAUGGUUGGGAGCUUUCCAUCUUGAUUCUGGGAGCAUCACUGUUAUAGACUUCCCGGAUGGGCCAGCCAGGCAAGCAGUCAUUCGAUGCAUUAACUACACUGCACAUCUGGGGAGGUGGUCUAUACCCAUUACGAGAUCCAUGGCAAGUGAUGAAGAAUUUUAGCUGUUGCUGCUAGUUCACUUUGUUGCUCACUUUGUUGCUUGUUUAGUCAUACUAUAAUCUUUUAACUGAAGUGCUGGAAAGGAAAUUAAUAUGCUGGGUUGUAUCAUACUUAAUUCAUAACGUGAAGUGUAUAUAUUUGUUUGAAA